CGCUGACAGCACAAAUGGAUUACCCGGUGAAAGCGAUAUUGUUUUCCCUUCUCGUGAUAUCCCACUGUACCAGCGGAUAUGUUCAUGAUCGUCACGAGAUAGUCAAGCGGUUUGUAAACCUAACCGAGGUGGAUCGCGGACUGGGAGGAGCAUUGAGUCUAAUCCUCAGCCCCAUUGCGAAGUUGGCUGAAAGGGCUAACCUUGAUAUACCCGUUAUAUCAAAUUUCCGCCCUAAGGAAAAUUAAAAUGAAGGAGAGAUUAAUGUUAAUUAAGGCCUCAGUGUAUUCAUUUGAUUAAAUAUAUUUUUAAACCUUAUAAUAAUCUAA